AUGGAGUCGUUUGCGACAACAAACGGGCCGUGGGCGACGGGCGAUGGCUUGGAGCUGGCGACGGCGUUGGGUGCGGCGCUCGUGGACACGGACAAGGUGCAGCUGCAUCCCACUGGGUUCAUCGACCCGAAGGAUCGCCACAAAUCGACUCGGUACUUGGCGCCGGAAGCCCUUCGCGGCGCCGGCGGCAUCUUGCUCAACGUGCAAGGCCAUCGGUUCGUGAACGAACUCGCGACCCGGAAGGAAGUGUCGAACGCAAUGUUGGCCCAGCCGGAGAAGCGGUCGUUCCUCGUGUUGCUGCAAACGGACCAAGUCCAGGCGGCGUGUCAGGCGCUGGGGCUCGGCUUUUACGAGAAGAUUGGGCUGGUCAAGGUCGUGCCGACGCUGGAAGGGUUGGCGGACGUCAUGGGGGUGCCCCCGACCGUGCUCGACGUCGAAUUUGACACGUACUUGAAGGGUGCACGUGGAGAAACCAAGGACGCGUUUGGCCGAACGGCGUUUGCCAACGUGACGGAGCUUCGGCCGAUGUAUGUGUUGGAAGUGGAGCCCGUGGUCCAUUACUGCAUGGGUGGCGUACAGAUCAACGAACAUGCCGAAGUGCUGCUGGGCACCCACAACGUCGCAACGGGGCUGUUUGCGGCGGGCGAAGUGUCCGGCGGUCUCCACGGCGGCAACCGCCUCGGUGGCAACUCGCUGACGGAAUGCGUCGUGUUUGGCCGCCUCGCCGGCCAGCGCGCCGCGGCGCUCGCCGCGACGAGGCACAGUCAUCUCAAAGUAGUCGGUUAA